CUGCACCCGCACCGCCAUCCUUCCUCUCUCUCUCUCUCUCUCUCUCUCUUUCUGGACAUUUCUCUUUCUCUCUCUUUUUCUUUUUCCGUAGCAGCGCCAGCUAAAGCCGCGAUGAAUCAGUACUGUAUAUUCCCCCCCACAUGUUCCGGAGAGGGCCUCCCUUUCUCUCUCUCACUUUUCUCUCUCUUCUUUUUUUAGCAAGAAAAAAGAAGCUCCCAUACCCACAUCAUCAUGGCCACCACCACCACCGCACCCCUCCUCCCCCCUCUCUCUCAAUAGCGAAGAGAGAGAAAGGGAGCCUAUUAUUCUCUCUCUCUCUCUCUCUCCAUUGUCCCCCUCUUUCGGUUCUAGAGAGAGAAAGAGAGAGGGUGUAGAGAGAGAGAGAGAGAGAGAGGGAGGAGAGAUGAUGUUGCAGAGGGCGGCGAACAACGCGUACUCGUGGUGGUGGGCAAGCCACAUUCGGACCAAGCAAUCCAAAUGGCUCGACAACAACCUCCAGGAGAUGGAGGAAAAGGUGAAGCAUAUGCUCAAACUGCUUGGAGAAGAAGCUGAUUCCUUUGGUAAAAGAGCAGAAAUGUACUAUAAAAGGAGGCCGGAAGUUAUAGUUGAUGUUGAAGAAGCCUACAGGGCAUAUAGAGCUUUAGCUGAAAGAUAUGAUCAUAUAUCAGGAGAGCUUCACAGAGCCAACCACACUAUAGCGACCGCUUUUCCUGACCAAGUCCAAUACGCAUUACUUGAGGAAGAAGAUGACAAUUUACCUAAAGCAAUCACACCCAUCGAUUCAAGUAAAAUUAAUAAACCUACAGUCGAGGGCUUAAUAAAGAGGAGAAGAGAAUCCCAAGCAGCCAUAAAGGAGAAACAGGGUAGAAAAGGCAGUCCUCAGAUGAGCAAAGAGAGAGCGCAAGAAGAGAUAAACCAGCUUCAGAAGUCGAUAUUAGUUCUUCAGACCGAGAAGGAAUUCGUAAAAAAUGCAUAUGAGAGUGGAAUUGCAAAGUAUUGGGAGAUUGAGAAGAAGAUCAAUGAUAUGCAAGAGGAGGUCUGUUAUUACCAAGAUGAGUUUAAUGCGAGUGCCAUUAUCAACGAUGAUGAGGCACGAGCUUUGAUGACAGCUUCUGCACUUAAGUCUUGCGAAGAAGCCAUUUUAAGCUUAAAGGAAGAGCAAAAGAAGUCGAUUGAACUGGCGAGUGUAGAGAAAGAAAGAAUUAUGUCAGCUAGAGAGAAACUCAAUGCUCUCAAUGUUGAGUUUGGUCAAUCCCCAAUUAAAUUCAAUGAAGUUUUGGAGGGGGAUAAUAGUGUUGAGAAGGAAGAAAAUUUCUCUCUAAAAAAUGAGAAAAUUGAGUUGGAAUCAAUUUGUGAGAAAUUAAUGAAGCACUUUGAGAUGAAUUCUGAUAGCUCGGUCGAAGAAAUUGCGGGAAAAAUCGACGAACUUGUGAGUAAAGUUGUGAAUUUGGAGCUCACUGUCUCAACACAAACUGCACAGAUAAAUCAGUUAAGUUCAGAAAAUAGUGAGCUUGAAAAAAAUUUACAAAAUUUAGAGGAAGAGAAGACGGUUCUUAUUAGCGACUCAAAUGAACUGACUGGCCGAUUAAAGAAAGUAGAAGAAGAGCUGAAAAAGGUUCAAACUCUGGCACGUUCUGUCGAGGAUGAAGCAAGGAAUAUUCGUACGAAUAUUACUGAAGUCUGUGAUGAUUUUAAUGAUAUUUCAGAAAAAUUGCAGACUUCAGUUUUGAAGGAAGGAAUAGAAGCUGCGGAGAUCAGUGAGAUAAAGGAGGAUGUGGCGGAAGCGAAAAAUCAAAAUGUGCAAGAGCAGAUUGAUAGUUCUAAUCUUGAUAUUGAACCGAAAAUGGGUUUCAAUACUGAAUUUGAUACAAAAGUUCAACUUGAGCAGGAAAACUCAUCACACGAAGGUCAAAAGAUUCCUCUCAAUGAUUCAGAAAUCAAACAGGGCAUCGGAAAAGGAGAAGAAAUUCGAGAUCAAGACUCAUCAAAAGAAUUUAAUCUUGUUUCUCUUGGUGCUUUGGAAUUGGCUUCAAUGGAUUCAUCAAAUGGUUCAGAAAAGGUCUCUGACAUAAAAGAUGAAGAAAAAGUCGGAGAAAAAGAAUCACACGAAAAAGCAACACAAAUUGAAGAUCACGAGCUGAGCUGGCAACAAGUCCUUUUAGAUGGACUGGAAGGUAGAGAAAAGAUAUUACUAAAUGAGUACACUUUGAUUCUUCGGAAUUACAAAGAAACAAAGAGGCGGCUUACUGAACUAGAAAACAAAAACCAAGAUGAUCUUUGUGAGACAAACGAACUUGUAAGGAAAUUAAGAAAUGCCAAUACUUUAAAGGAUGAAGAGAUUCAAUCACUUAGAGAACUCUUAAGCUCUUCAAAUAUGCAUUCUGAUGUGGUUACAAAUGUAAUUUCUGAUAAAAUUGAAGCCUCUUCUGACCCCCAUAGUUCUGAGAAAUUAAAGGAUAUAAAUGCAAGUACCAUCCAUGAAACAGAUGACUCCAAUAAUUCACCUACUGAAGAGAAGUUAAGAAGGGAAAUUGAUGCAAUUUUAGAAGAUAACUUGGAGUUUUGGUUAAGAUUCUGUGCGUGCUUCCACCGAAUUCAAGGACUGAAGAAGAGACAUCAAGAAUUACGAGGUGACAUUGAAAGAUUGAAAUAUGACAAGGCUCAAAUGUCAAAUAAUGGUGAAUUGACUGAUCCUGCCACUGAUUCUACGCUACUUGAAAAGAGGCUAAGAGCGCUUAAGACAGAUCUUCGAGUGUGGAUAGAACAAAAUGAAUUGCUCAAAGGGGAAUUGAAAUUUAGAUAUUUAUCUCUUAACAAUAUCCAAGAGGAGAUUAAAGAAGCUUUAAAUGCAAGUAUAGAAAAAGGAGUACAGUUUAGUUCAUAUCAAGCUGCAAGGUUUCAAGGAGAAGUACUGAACAUGAAGCAGGAGAAUGACAAAAUUUCAAGUAAAUUACAAGAUGGGUUAGAUCAUAUGAGCGAAAUUCAAGCAGAAAUUGAGAAGAGCUUAUCAAAGCUAGAUGAGAAUUUCAGUUUGUCUAUGUCGAGAAACAACAAUUAUGGCCAAUUUAAGCAUUACCCAACAAAGACUAGAGUACCAUUGAGGACUUUUCUAUUUGGGAAUAAGCCUAAGAAAAGAUCUCUCUUUUGCUGUGUCAAUCCGACUCUUCAGAAAAAGAAUAGUGAUUUAAAAUCUGGGUCUUGGCACUAAUUUGGUUUAGGUCUACAUGGUAAAAAUCAGGCGAAAAGAUGGAAUGGCGAAUGAACUCAUUGAUAACAUUUGGCUACAGUUACAUUGAUGAUGUCUUGGUUAGUUUCAAUUAUUUCUGUUUCGACUUAUGGGGCUUCGCACUGGAAUCAUCUUUCAUUCGAGAUGGAUUUAUUUUCUUUUUCAUGUUUUAGACCCAUCAUUAACUACCCAAUAUUUAUUUAUUUUGGGUGGUAAACAUUUUAGCUACUGCAAAUAUAUACUUGGUUUGGCGCUUGUAUAAUAAUGGUAUGGAAUGUUCAAAUAUAUCACUCUACUACAGCUAUGAGUUAUUGUAUUCUGAUUCGCACUCGUCAUGAGAUGAUCUUUUACUAA